AGCAAGCCAGCAAGCAGCAGCAGCAGCUCGCCGUGGCCAGCAAGCAGGCCAGAAUGGCAGUGAAACCCAACAAGCAAGCCAGACCAGCGCCAGACUCGGAAUGUCACUGCAGGUCUGCCCAUUGCAUUUCGAACACUUUGAAUCACGAAUGGCGCAGUGGCAGACAGUCUCGUUCUCUCGUGCUAAAGAUCGAGGCUUCCACCUGAAGAUAGGCUGGAAUCAGGAAAGAAUGUUUCAGGAAGCGAUGAAGAUACUGGACGUGCAGGACCCGUUGAAUGCCAAGGAAGUGGAGACGAGUUACAGGCAUCUGUUUGCCAUAAAUGACAAAACGAAAGGCGGCUCCUUGUAUCUCCAGUCAAAAGUUUAUCGUGCCAAAGAACGAAUUGACGAAGCUUUUUCUCAGCGCUGCAGACCAAGACCGGACAACGUAUAG